AAAGUGGACAAUGUAUCGGUUUUUCCAACUUACAUUGAUUUGAAACCCAAUACGGCGGGCAAUCCCUCGCAAGAGCCUUCCAGGACAAUGUCUCCUAUAUCACAGACCACCUCCUCGGAUCUCCCCUCCAAUCCAACAGACGAUGAACCUCCAGCCUCAUGCAAGCAUCUUGGCGUCCCACGAAGCGCUUCAUACGAGACCGUACUCCGCGCAUGUCUGGCUAAAUACGGCAUCGAGAAAGAUCCAGAUAACUAUGUACUGUUCAUCAUAUAUGGUGACAAGGAGCAUCAGGCUACAGCUGAUGAGCGCCCAUUGGUUACUUUCGAGGACUUGGAGUCGAAAGGCUAUAGGCCGUCAUUUAUGUUGAGACAACACAAUGAGAGGAAGUUAUCGACAGAUAAACAUAUGGAUGGCUAGAUGGCACGGGUCCCGUAUCGUUUCACUCUCUACGAAUACGUAGGCUUCGUGUUGUUCCUAGUUCCUACAGCUAGCUCUACAGUUGACUAGCCUUGUAGCGUCAACUAUGGCCAAGUUGGAACGACUUAAAAUCCCGUGCACUAUACUUAGAUACAGGGAUAAUCUCGGCGAAAUGUUGAUUACAGAGGACAGUUUACAAGGUACAACUAUCGGCUAUAUGCUUAAUUUGAGAUUGUCUUAUAUCUUCCCAGUAUUGCGUGGACAGUUACCCUGAGUCCGAUAAUUAGAGUACCCAUCCUGCACCAGGCCAUCGGUCAGAUCAGAAAUAUACAG